AUGGGUGCCGCGAGCAGCUCCGUGGACGUUGUGCGGAUGACGGACGAGGAGCGACAGCAGCAGGAGGUGGAGGAUGAGGGGGAAGGGGAGCGGGAGGAGGACGGAGAGGGGGACGAGGAGGGGGAGAAGGAUGAGGAGGAUGAUGAGGAGGAGGAUGAGGGGGACGAUGAGGGGGACGAGGAGGGGGACGAGGAGGGGGACGAGGAAGAAGAAAGGGAGGGCGGGGAGGAGGAAGAGGAGGAGGAGAACGCGGGCGCGCUGUGGCGUCGGUUGUGUCGGGCGGUGCGCAUGCGGUGGGGGGCCGGCGAUGGGCGCAACCACUGCGACCGCCUGGCGGAUGUGCAGCUGGUGGACGUGCUGUCGCGCCUCGGCGCGCUGGACCUCACGCGCGCCGCUCUCACGUGCCGCCGCUUCAAGCGCCUCUGCCACCAGGUGCCUGUGAUAGACAACGCGGGCGACAGAGUGAUAGAGGUGGCGCGGCUGCUGCGAGUGCUGCCGGGCAUCCUGGGCACGGCGAGUGUGGUGCGCCUGGUGAGCCCUGACAACGAGCGUGAUGCUGCUGCUGACAUCAUCGCCAUGCGCGCUCACGGCUUCCCACGCUCCUCCGCUGCUGCUGGUACCGCUGCUGGUGUUGCCGCUGCUAGUACUGCUGGUGGGACUAGUGGUGCCCGUGUGCAUAGCAGCAGUAGUGGUAGCAGAUUUGGCAGUGGCGGUGCUGCUGGCAGAGAGGGUGUGAGUGUGGGGGGAGGCUCUGGGAAUUUGCGAGGCGGAGUGGCGGGUGAGGAACGCGCGGAAGGAGCAGCCAGAGGCGCGUACGAGUGGGGGGGCACGGAGCUGUCGUGGACCAACCUACCCUGCCGGCAGGUGAAGAGCGUGGGCAUGUUCCUCAGCCCGUCCCUCACGUCGCUCACACUGGGCGUCGUGCACGUGCGGCGCCACAGCCUCUCUACCAUGGCUGUGUUGCAAGCGCUGCCGGGGUCGUGCCCGCGCCUGCGCACCCUGCAUGUGACGUGGAGCUGCCUGCAUAAGGAGGAGCUGCUUGCGGGGUUCAGAGGUGCGCACGCCCGCGCGCUGCUGCUGGGAGCCACGCUUCCAGGUGGGGGAGGGGGGAUUGGAGGCUUGGGGAUAAGGGUGAGGGGCAGGGGAUGGGGGAAUGCGGGGGAGGCGGAUGCGGAUGGGGGGAGAGUGGGGGGGUGGGGAGGGGGAUGGGUUAUGAGAGGGAGAGCGGGUUUGGUGGUUGGGGAGGAGGAGGAAGAGGUGAGGGCGGGUCCUGCACGGUUGUGGGAUGAUGAUGAUGAGGAUGAUGGGGAUGGGGAGGGGGGUGGGGUUGGGAAUGGAGAUGGUGAUGGGGAUAUGGGUGGGGAUGGGGAUGGGGAUGGGGAUGGGGAUGGGGAUGGGGAUGGGGAUGGGGAUGGUGCUUUUGGUGUUGGUAAUUGUGAUGAUGGUGGGGACUCUGGUUUGAGUGGUAGGGAGGGUGGGGAGGGCGAUGAGAGGGAGGAAGGCGGGGUGGCGUUGGAGCAGGAGAGUGAGAGGGUGGAAGGGGAGGGGUUGGGUGCGGAUGAGGAUGCUGAGGGGGAUGAUGAGGCAGGGCGGGGGCGGGACGAAGAGGAGGGUAUCUCGGCCCCUUCUAGUCCGGGGUCACUUGGCGAUGGGGAUGGGGAGGGAGAAGCGGAUGGGGCGGAUGGUGCGAUGCAGCAGCCAAGGGUGCAAGGAGAGAGGGCGCAUGCAGGGUUGGAGGGCGCAGCUAUGGCGAGGUGUCAGGAGCGGGGACAGCAGGCGGAGCAGGAGGAUCAGGGGGAACAGGGGGAGCAAGGGGAGCAGGGGGGCCAUGGGUCGCAGGGGGAGCAGGGGGGGCAGGGGGUGCAGGGGGAGCAGGGGGGGCAGGGGGAGCAGGGGGGGCAGGGGAAGCAGGGGGGGCAGGGCGAGGGGUACACUGGUCUUGCGAAUGUAGGAGCAGGGGAAGGGGGGGUGGGAAGCGGUCGAGUAGGGUGCGGUCUGGGAGUGGGCUGGGAGGGAGGGAGGAGGAGUGAGCAGACCGAGCGAGAAGGCGAGCUUAAGUGUGAGUUUGAGAGUGGGAGGGAGGGAAGGGGGAGUGAGAGAAGAGAGAGUGGGGAGGAUGGUGAGGAAGGGGUGAGUGCGGUGGGGGUGCGGCUACAGGACGUGGUGAGGGCAGUGGUGCGAGGGCACCUGCAUGCACACACCAGUGCUGACCGCCCUGCCAUUGCUGCAGCCGCUGCCGCGGCAGCACAGGAGGGUGAAGGGGAGGCAGAAGGGGUGCAGGGUGGAUGGUGGAGCGGAGGGGACAGUGAGGGAGUGGUGGGGGCGGACAGAGAGAACACGCAGGGUGCGCAAGUGGGUGAGCAAGGCGAGGGUUCCUUGCAGCACGUGCAGGGCGCCCACCUGGUGCUGCCGCAUCCCCUGCCUGCCAGGCCUGCAUCAGAACUCUCUCCUACUGUUAGUGCGCCUGUUGUUGGUUCAGGCGUGGGAGGUGGUGGUGUGGAGAGGGCAUGGGAGGAAAGUGAGGGGCUAGAGGGGCGAGGGGGACGUGGGGAGGGUGAGAGGCCGUGUGUGGUUGGGAGGGGGAGUGCACAUGAGGGCGACACUGCCGCUCCUGUGUCUCUCCCUUCUGCCAACCCCGCUGCUGCCCCCGUUGCUGCCCAGGCUGCUGCCCCCGUUGCUGCCCCUGCUCCUGCAGGCCCUGUUGCCAACCCCACUGCUGCGGACGGCCAUGAUGAGAUGAGAGAUGGAGCAGCAGAGGCGCAAGGAGCGGUUGAUGAGAGGGAGGAGGGUGAGAGGGAUGAGGCAAGGUCACAAGAAGGGCAGGCAAGAGGGGAAGAGGACAGGGACGCGAGCGAAGCGAGGACAGGCGAGGGGGAAAGGUUGACCGAAGCACAAGAGGUGGAGUGGGAGGAUGGGAAUGGAGCAGGGGAGCAGCAGCCGGAGCACGAGGGAGAGGAAGAAGCACGUGAUGCCAUGGCAGCAGCAGUCGUGGCUGCUGCCGCUGCUGCUGCCUCUGCAGAAGACGACAUAGACGCCCCAGUCGCAGCCGCAGCCGCAACCGCAGCAGCAGCAGCAGCAGCAGCAGCAGCAGCAGCAGGGGGUGACGUGCGUGUGCGGCUGGUGGAGCGGGGUCCCACGUCAGUCCUAUACGGCGCAGGCAUCAUGACCAGCGCAGUGGAGCGUCUACUCGCGCGCUGCCCCUGCCUGCAAUCCCUGCGCCUUCCAGGCCUUCUAGCCGCAGGGCUGGCAGGUGGGCAUGCGCAGCUGCAGCGGCUGGAUGUGACGCUGGUGUUUGAGCUGGGCACGGUGGUGCGCGUGCUGGAGCGCUGUGUGCGUGUGUUCCCCAAGCUCACGCACCUGCGCAUGGCCACACAGCUGAAUGCGCUGCCGGGGGAUGACGGAUCCCUGGCUGACCAUGGUGGCGCCACUGAGGUGCUCGCCCCUGCUGAGUCACAGCUACAGGAGGUGGAGCUGGAGAGCUUCCGCCUGCCGCUCACCAUGGCGCUCACCCUCCCCCGCGUGCGCCGCAUCAAGCUCUACCGCGGGGACGUGCACGCCUUCUCCCUGCCGCCCUCCCGCACCCUCACCCUCGCCUGCCCGCUCCUCACAGACCUAGACAUCGACUUUCUCAUCUCCGCGCCCUCCCUGCACGCCCUCGCGGCCUCAUCCCCUCUCCUCCGCAUUCUACGAGUGCGCCACCCGCCCGCCAUGGUCCACUUAGGCGCGGCCUGGGAGCACCUGCGGGAGCUCUUCCUGGGGGGGCUUGGGGAGAAUUACGGUGCACGGGAGAUCUCACUCGCGUGCCCGCGCCUGCACCAGGCGACAGUCGCCCUGGGGGUAUCACACACAGACAAGCUCUCGGUAGACUGCCCUCUGCUGCACGAUUUCCGCGUGCUCAGCUUUGGUCUCGACGCUGUCCUCUGCCGCUUCCACUGCCCCUCGCUGCGCUCACUAGCCCUCGGGGGGAUCGACCCUGGGCCUCUCGACAGCAUCGGGCGCGGGUGCCCAAGCCUGCGCAGCCUGGAGGUGUGCUGCCCGAAAGCCCACCACGUGGUGCUAGGGGAGGAGUUUGCACAGCUGGAGCGAGCGUCCAUAUCCGGUCUCGGCGUGUGCCGCACACUGCAGGUGCACUGCGCGCGGCUCACCUCCCUCACGGUCUACUGCACGUGGUCCGCGCCGUGCCUGGUAGAGGCCACUGCUCCCUGCCUCACGCAACUCAACUUCCGCGCGCGCCCAGCCGAGUGGGACCAGCCGGUGAGAUUCGCCCUGCGCUGCCCAGAGAUAGUGAAACUCGAGCUGCCGUUUGUCGUGGCAGACCUCGCCAGCCUGGGAGGCACGUGUCCGCGGCUGGAGCAGCUGAGUGUGGACUAUGUAGCCGGGGGGGUGCUGCGCGUGGGGCGGGAGUUCAAGGCCCUGCGCACGCUCAAGGUGGCACAUGCGCUCGCCAGCCUGCAGGACCGCCCGCUGCCGCCCAUCUCCGUGGUGGAUGUGUGCUGCCCCCGCCUCGUCACCCUCGUGUGCGGGUCCGCACCUGACAGCAGCACCAGUAACAGCAGUAACAGGCAUGAGGUGCUGCUGCAACCAUUCUCCCCCUCGGGUGUUGCCUGUGGCAUGGAGUCUCCCUCAUUCCCAUUCGUCAAUGCGCAAUCCACUCAUGCUGCGGCUGCUGCUGGCGGCAGCAGCACCUGGGCGCACCCAGACAUGCCUGCACGUGAGAAGCAGAGCAGCAGGCGUGUGAGCUACUGCCGCAUCGAGUGUCCUGCAUUGGAUCUUCUUGACCUCGGCGUCCUCCCCCUGCCUGCCCUCCGCUCCAUUGCUGCUGCCUGCCCCAAGCUCAGAGUCCUCCGGGCUGUGGGUCCCCUGGUUGACUGGCGUGUGCUAGGGGCCAGUGCAGCCGGGCAGGUUGUCGGCGGCAGUAACAGGAGCAGCGGUGGAGGUGUGACGGACGUGGGUAUAGAGAGGGUUGAUGGCGGCGCAGCAGGUGUGUGUGAGCCGUUGUUGAGCGAGGCAUGUGCUGGUGCGGGGCGGUGGGGGAAGAGGCCGAGAGAGAGUCAUGGGGCUCGUGAGGGGCCGUUCGGUGAGACAGUUGAGCAGAGGAGCAGGCGAGGGAAGACAGCAACAGGGGUGGCAAAAGAGGGCGGGUCUGAUGGUCCAAGGGGCGUUGACACAGUUGACGGUAGUGGGGAGGGGAGGCAGGUGACAGGAGGCACGGCUGGUGUGCGCAGUGGUGAGGAGGAGGGCGGGAAAGUGGAGGAUAUUGGUCCACGUGGCGAGAACAUUGACUUGCAUGGUGCUGCAGAGCACGUGGACAGGCGCACGCGUGGCUCGUCUCCUCGCAUCACCCCAUCUUCCCAGCCAACGCGUCCUGUAUCACUCUCUUCACCCACCAUUCCCCCUGAUUUUCCCACCUCCCCACCCACCACAACCCGUCCUGGCCCCCACGCUUCCCAUGACCCCGCCCUGCCGCGCUGCGUGUGCGCUGCCGUCCACGUGGGGGCGGCGUUUGAGCGCCUGGAGCACCUCUCCCUCACCCUCCUCGACUCUGCCUUCGGAGCACAUUCAGGCCACCCCGUGCCACCGCCCUCGCCCAUCGCCCCCCCUUCCUCCUGCUUCCCACCGCGCACCGGGCUAGGCCUGGGUGUUUCUGCAGGGGGGGGUGGUGGUGUGCGGUUUGCUUCGGCAGCGCUGUGGCCUGGUGUGGCGGUGGGGAUGGCCCGUUCGCGCACCAUUAGGCAUGGGCGCGUGCCUGAUGCUCCGCUGGGUAGGGCGCUCGUGAGGGAGAGCGUGGGAGAGCGGUCGUUUAGGGAGAGAGAAGACAGGGUGGUGAGUGUGGUGCGUGGGGAGAGAGAAGACAGGGUGGUGAGUGUGGUGCGUGGGGAGAGCGCGGCUGGAGGGGAGAGGGUGGGGCGCGACGUGAGCGAGGAUGGGGCGUUGGAACGUUGGUUGAGCGGAGAGGAGGGGGUUCUUGAGGAGAAUCAGGAAAGGAGAAGAGUGAGCGAGGGAGGGCGGGAGGCAGGCGGGGUGGGAGAGGCGGUGCAGAGUGGUGCAGCAGGCGAUGGGGUGGGUGGUGUGGGGGAGGGGGCGCCGGAGAGUGGUGGCAUGGGUGGGGGCUUGCAGGUGGGAUCAGGGCGUGCGAGUGGUGAGCAUGCUUCGGGUGGCCUUUUAGAUUCCAGGCAGGGAGGAGCACGUGACACGAGGGGGACAGGUGAGGGGCGAGGGGCAGGUGAGGGGAGAGGGGCAGGUGAGGGGAGAGGGGCAGAGGAGGCGUUGGAAAGGAGCGCAGUGGGAGGGGGUGAUGGGGCGGUGGCAGUGGUGGCAGAACGGCAAGCGGGCAGUGCGGUAGCAGCAGCAAGUGUGGCGGCAGCAGCAAGUGUGGCGUGGGUGUCCGGUCUUCGCCGAGGGCAGAGGAGGCGAGUAGCAUGGGUGGAUGAAGGAGGGCUGACAGGGGGGAGCAGUGCUGUGAGCUCACAUGCAGGAACGGGUGGCAGGGACGCUACAGGGCGUGCAGAGCGCGGGGGAGAGUGGGGGCAGAGGCGAGUGGAUGAGAUUGGUGUGGCAAGGCAUCGGGUGGUGGAUGGAGGGGAGAGGCGGGGUGAGGGAGUGGAGGGUGGUGGUGGGGAUAGUGGAGGGGUGUGGGAGUGGGAUGAGAGGGAGAGAGUGAGGGACAGGGGGGUGUCAUGGCAGGGAGUUAGGGCAGAGGAGGCAGAGCACACAGGUGCACGGGGAACGCAACAAGCAGCAGCAGCAGCAGCAGCGGCAGCAGCACCUGGGAGGGAUGAUGUGGUAGGGGUGGGCGUGGGGCAUGAGGCAGGGGGGUUGAUGUGGGGGCGAUCGAGUCAGCUAGCAGGCAUGUAUGGGCGCGUAGGUGAGCAAUUCACUCGCCCCGUCACGCAUGUCACCCACAGUGCCGCUGCUGCUGGUGGUGCUGCCUACAAUUCUGGAAGGCACAUUGGAGGGGAGAGGCCAAGGGAAGGGAGGGGAGACGGAGAAGGGGAAGGAGUAGGAGCUGGGAGUAGAGGCACGGGGGGAGGGGCAGUGGUGUUGGGGGUACGGGGAGGUGUGGAUGUGACAGGUGAAGAGGGGGGUGUGGGGACAGUGGGUGGUGGUGGUCGUGGGUGCGAGCAUGGCCUGGGGAAUGGUGAGUGCAGGGAUGCAAGUGGCCGUGGGGGCAUUGGUGAGGGCAGUGGUGGGGGCAGUGGUGGGGGAGAGCAUGAGGGUGCGCGAGUGUGUGUGGACGUUCAUCUGUUCUGCCCGCUGCUGAAGCAUGCUGAGGUGGUGCUGUGUGUGGGGCGACUGGGGGACGUGCGAGUGCAGUGCCCCUCCCUCAGGAGCUUGCUGCUUGUGCAUGGCGAUAGGGGCCCACACACGUUCACAGUGGACUGCCCGCAGCUGCAGCGCUUCAAGUGGGUACAGGCCAACAGCCACCGCCGCAUCUGCACGCCCAUGCUCCACGCCAACACACGCCUCUCCCCCGCACACCUCUCCAUGCUUUGCGGCACCCCCCUCUCCUCCCCUGCCCGCCCUUCCUCCUCCGCGCGCUCUCCCUUCAUCCCUCCCUCAUCCUCCCUUCCCACCUCCGCUCGAUGCAGUACCUUCUCCACCUUCUCAGCAGCACCUGCACCCUUUUCCUUGCCACCGACUCCGUCCUCCUCAGCCCAACCGCCAGCCGGCGCUCCCCCGUCGCUCACAGCAUGCCUACCAUCGUUCAGUUUUGGAGCAGCGUGUGCGGCGGUGAGAGAGGUGGACAUCUCCAAGUGCUGGGGGUUGCCCACCAGAGCUGCCCCGGGAGGGGAGUUCCCACGCACUGGCAGUGCAGCAAGCAUCAGGGCAGGGCCGGGCAGGCUGUGGGGCCGGGGGGUAGUGAGUGGGGAGCGCGACGGGAUGUUUGGCAGUGGUGGUGGGGGGGAUGGAGCUAGGGGGAACGGGGGCGGCAGGGGAGGGAGGGACGGUGGAGGAGGGGAGUGUGGGUCGGCGGUGGUAUUUGGGCCGGAGUGGGCGAGUCUACAGAAGCUGCUGCUGUGGGAAGUGGCUGCCACGUCUAUCACUGUUGCCUGCCCAAGGUUACAGAAGCUGACUCUGUGUGUAUCUCCAUCGUCCCCUCACACCCCUGCUGCCACGAGUAUCACCAUCAACUGUCCUGCCCUCGCCUCUCUCUAUCUCGACCUCGGCAAUGACCCUUCCUCCUCCACCUCACCCUCUCCACCCCCGUCAACCACCGCUCCUGCCGCCGCUGCCACUGCCACAGCAGCUCCAUCCCGCAUGCCCUCGCAUGACCACCCACCGCACAGACCACUGGUGCUGCCUACGCUACCCCGCAUUGCAGCAGCCCCUCUGCUGGCCCGUGCUGUCAUUGUGGUUGCGCUACCAGAGUGGGCGCUGCUCUCCGCACUCUCACCGCUACUGGGCCCAGCCCUGGAGCACAUGUAUGUCGUCUCGCAUGUGCUCAAGGACCCGGUAGGGCUGGAGAGGGAGCUGGGUCUGCGUGCCAUGGGGUCACACCAUCACAUCUAUGCAUCCCAUGUGCUCACACGGGCUUUCAAUGAGUUUUCUGAUCUCUUUGACCGCCGCGCCUUCCACACGCUGUGA